AUGUUAUUGACACAAAUAUCAUCAAUAAUAUGUUUACUUCGUCAAGGAUUACCACUACGUGGACAUGAUGAACAAGAAAGCAAUUUAAUACAAUUAAUGAAAUUACGCAGUCAAGAUAUAAAUAGUUUAAAAGAUUGGCUUAACGACAAAAAAUAUUUAUUACAUGAUAUUGUGAACGAAUUAGCUAAAGAAAUAUCACUUAAAAUAAUUCAAGAUAUAAUUCAACAGAUUCUUGAACGUCAAUGGUUUGCACUCAUAUGUGAUAAAACUGCUGACGAAGCAAAUAAAGAACAAUUAUGUAUUACAAUUCGUUCGGUUGAUACGCAAUAUGUAAUUUAUGAAGAUGUAAUAGGUUUAUAUCAAAUUGAUAGACAAAAUUUUAAUAGAAUUACAGAAGCAAUUGUUGAUGCAUUAACAAGAUGUGGUUUAAAUAUUAAACAAUGUCGUGGUCAAGGCUAUGAUAAUAGGACGGCAAAUAUGGGUGGAAUUCAUGAGGGAGUUGCCGCUAAAAUAUUACAACGAGAAAAAAGCAUUUUAUAUCCAUUGUAA